UAUAUGCUGGACGUGAUAAGCGCAUGACUACAGUAUUCCCCGUCAGUAGUCGACUAUCCCAGUUCAGUGUAAAAGUGGUUGGUUCGAGCGAUUCUUUUAACAAUUCUAGCAAUGGGUUGGACAAGACCGGAAGAACCAGCCUUUCCUGCCGUUUGGUACACUUUCCAGGCCAAUGAUGUUGAUAGCGACCAGCUGGUGACGUACCGCGUUGAGGAUCUUACCGAGGAUCGCCACGCUGACAUGAUCCAGCAUUUUUUGGACAAUUUCAUUGACGAUGAACCGCUCUGUGAAAGCAAACAGCUUUCGAAGGACGAACUUUCCCAGGGGGAAAUCAGUUUCUUUUGGCGGAUGUGUUUCAGCGAGAAAACGACCAUCGUCUGCUAUAAGGAAGGCUCGGACGAGAUUGUUGGAGCGAACCUGCUUCAUGUCAAAGAGUUAGAGAAAUUGGCCGAUUUAAAAUUACAAAGUGAACGAAUACGGGACAUAAUAACGACAAACGAGUACAUGACGGAACAGUUCAAUAUCGGCGAGCGAUAUGGCGUCGAUCGAUAUCUGACCGCGUACGGUUUGGCCAUCAACCGGCGCUAUCGGGGACGGGGCAUAGCAACGGCCAUGCUGAAGGCACGCGUUCCCAUGUGCCGAGCAUUCGGGCUUAAGCUGACGUCGACUAAUUUCACUGCUCUUGGGUCGCAGCUGGCUGCAGCCAAGGCAGGCUUCGAAACGGAUUUAGAAGUCACGUAUGAGGACUUUGCUAAAAUGGGACCGCGGUACUCAUUUCCCGGAAUUCGAUCGAAGAGUUUGAAACUGAUGAGUUUGAAAAUCGAAUAAAGAUAUGGAAAAUAUGUUAUUUAUGUGCAGAAAGCUUAGGGUCUAUUCACAGAUUAGAUAUGAAAUAUGUCAUUUGAAAACUAAGAAUAUCUGAUGAUAUUGAAAAUAUCCAUAUCCAUUGGAAUGAACUUUUAUGAAAAAUAACGAAUCAAAGUACUAAAAUAUCCACAAAGUAGAUCCGGAAAAAAGUCAUCCAAAGAACCCCGGAACUCAAGCUGGGGGAUGCAAGUAUAAUGUUUCUUCUAACUUUCAGCAAAGGUUUUAGUUCUCCAUAUUUACUCAAUGCUGGGAACGCUGCAAUUAAAGUUUUAAAAAUAAAUGAAUAAAUAA